ACGUCACCGAACACCUUCAUUUCUUCAUCGGUAUUACGUAACAUGCACGUGAUAAGUUUUCUGAGACGUUACCACGGUGACCCAGAGACGCGGUAAAUCGCAUUGCACGUAGACCUGCAUCCCCAUACUGGGCGAGGAGCCGACGCUCGCGGAUAGUCAUGGCUGCUGUGCUGGACGCUAUUUGGGAAGACAGGGAUGUUAGGUUUGACAUCACAGCACAGCAUAUGAAAACGAGAGCCGGUGAAGUCCUGAUAGACUGCCUGGAUAACAUUGAGGAUACCAAAGGGAACAACGGAGACCGGGGUAGGCUGCUGGUGACCAAUCUGAGAAUCAUCUGGCAUUCCCUGGCUUUGCCGAGGGUGAACCUGUCUGUGGGAUACAAUUCUGUCAUAAACAUCACAACAAGGACUGCCAACUCAAAACUCAGAGGGACCACAGAAGCUCUUUACAUCCUGACAAAAUGCAAUAAUACCAGAUUUGAGUUCAUUUUCACUAACGUUGUUCCUGGAAGCCCAAGACUGUUCACGUCUGUCAUUGCAGUUCACAGGGCUUAUGAGACCUCUAAAAUGUACCGUGAGCUAAAACUAAGAGGGGCUCUUAUUCAGAACAAGCAGCUGAAACUCUUCCCACAAGAACAGAUGUGUGACCAAAUUAACGGGGUGUGGAAUUUAUCCAGUGACCAGGGUAACUUGGGGACGUUCUUUGUCACAAACGUGCGAAUUGUGUGGCACGCAAACACGAAUGAGAGCUUCAACGUCAGCAUCCCAUACCUGCAGAUACGCUCCAUCAAGAUAAGAGACUCAAAGUUUGGACUAGCAUUAGUGAUAGAGAGCUCUCAGCAGACAGGAGGGUAUGUUCUGGGCUUCAAGAUCGACCCUGUGGAGAAACUGCAGAGUACAGUGAAGGAGGUCAACUCCUUACACAAGGUUUACUCUGCAAGCCCUAUCUUUGGGGUGCACUACGAGAUGGAGGAGAAGCCCCAGCCACUGGAGGAGCUGACGGUGGAGCAGCCUCCAGAUGAUAUAGAGAUUGAGCCUGACCUGCAGACGGAUGCAUUUACGGCAUACUUUGCAGACGGUGAUAAGCAACAAGACCGGGAGCCUGUUUUCUCUGAGGAACUUGGCUUAGCUGUGGAGAAACUGAAGGAGGGGUUUACACUUCAAGGUCUCUGGGAAGUAAUAAGUUAAUAUUUAAUGUUUAGUUAGAUAAAAUGUGUUUAAUAUUUAGUAGAAACAGGAGAUAUUUUAGGCAAAAUAAGGAUUGAAUCCUCCCAUGUUUGUUUGUGAUAUAAUACAUAAUAUAAAUUAUUUUAUCUAUGUUAAUGAAUUAUACACAGUAAUAUAUUAUACACAGUCAUUUUGUAAGUCAUUUGUCAUUAGUUAGUUGUGGUAUUGAAAACCACAAUCUUAAUCUUGUGAUAAAGGUCUUUAAAAAUGUUUUUGGCCAAGGAACUUGUGUCUUUUCUUAUCAAACAAAAUAAUGAUUUCUGCUUAAUUUCAGCUACCUGGUUUAUAAUCAGACACCUGCCUAAAAUUAAUUUGAUUGUAAAACUAAACUCAUCAUUGGUCAGCCUAUCAUGCCUCAUUUUAGGCACCCUAUGUUUAGUCAGUGUCUGGCGGUGCUCUGUACCUCUGUGAGUUAGGCAUCUGUGCCCAUAUAUGGAAGGUUGUGGAUGCAAAUCCUGUGACUAGAAAAGUACUACCAUCACAGUUGGGGCUCUGAGCAAGGCCCUUAACCCCAGCUGCCCCAACAACGCUGCCUGGCUGCGCUCUCAACUUUAUGUCACUUUGGACAAAGUGUCUACUAAACAAACAUCAAUAAUAAUAAUAUUCCCUACAGUGGCAUAAAAUAUUAUUAUACAGCCUUUGUUGGCUGAAGAUUUAAG